AUGUCCCGGGCGUCAUGGAUGCCCCGGUGGCCAUGCGUGGUGUUCGUGUCCUGCCUCAACGUUGUCCUGGCCGUCCUGCUGGUCUUGUCUUGCAAACUUGGCUACGACCGGGCACGCCUUCCGAACCUCAGUCUCACCCUCGUGCAUCUGGCAGCCACAAUGGUCGCCCUCAGGGUGUGUGUGAGCACGGGUCUGCUACGGGUUCCAGACUCGGCGUACAAGGCCGGGCCGAGCUUGGGAGAGAACCUGACCUUGGCUCUGCUCCUUUGCACCUUCAUGGCACUGCCCAAUCUAUCGCUUGAGUUCAACUCGGCCGGUACUAGCCUCCUCCUCAGGCUGGUGUCCCUUCCGGCCACUGCCUGGCUCCAGUGGAUGCUCACGGGCCGUCGGACACGGACAACGGUCAAGUUGAGCCUGGUUCCGGUCGGGGCGGGCGUGGCCCUCAACGCCCUCGGGGACGUCCGCUACAGCGGGCCCGGGCUUGCCUUCGGACUCUCGGGCGCCAUGGCCGCAGCCUGCUACCAGACGUUGUCCGCCGACCAGCAGAGUCGCUUCGACCGGCCGUCCUGGCACCUGCUGCAGAGCCAGCUGCGCUGGGCCCUGCCGGCCCUUGCCAGUCAGGUGGUCUUCCUCGAGCCCCCCUGGCGGGGACCCCGGGGCCUCCUGGCGAGGACGUGGACCCCGCUCGACGGAGUCCUCUUCGCUGGUUCCACGGCGGUGGGGGUCCUGCUCACGCUGAGCAUGCAGUGGCUGCUGGGCCGCACCUCGGCGCUCAGCUACCAGGUGCUGGGACACGUCAAGACGUGCGCCUCGCUGGUCGCCUGUGCGCUCCUGCUAGACCAGCCGCUGGCGUGGCUGCAGCAGCUCAGCGUGGUCCUGACGCUGUGCGGAGCCUUCCUGUACACCAUAUUCAGGACCAGGGAAGAAGAGAGACCGGAAGGGCCGUCGUCGCCCCUCGGUUACCGAGACGCCGCUGCCUUUUCAUCGUGA